AUGUCGAUUUAUAAUGAUCCCCCUUCGUCAUAUGAUGUCGAUGAAUAUGUUUGGUAUUCCGAAAAAUGUGAUUCCAAAGAUUGGGAACCAGCUCCAAUAUCAACCACGCGACAAUUAAGCAUCUGGGAGCAAAACAAUGCCCUAGUAUUUAAUUUACCAGAACUCACAAACCAUACACGCAUUACGCUCGCCCCCCUCCAUCCCAAAAACAAAGAUGAGAUCUACCUCGGAAAUUCAAAGACAAACGUAAUCAUGCGUAGUCUCAAACAAGGCUUCAAGAGCGGCUUCAAGACAGAUUUCAUGACUACCUUCAAGAACAAUCUCAAGCGCACUAAAGAGACCGGAUCGGUUGAUCAUCACUAUUUAACAUGUUAUUCCAUCGAUUUUCUCAAUGUAUGGGAGGAAAGAUUGAGGGGAGAAAUCAUGGAGGCUUGGGUUCUGGAUGGUAUGAAUCCCAGCCCAGUCGAUCGGAUCAGCAGGACAAAGUUUUUGGUUGCAAAAUAUAUGAUAAAGAUGCGCGUUAUCAAGGGCGCAUCCUGCGGCGAUAAGCCUUAG